AUGUCGAUGUUUAGAUUCCCAAAGAUGAACAGAUCCAACUUGGAGGUCUUCAGAUUCAGUUUCUACCUCUUGACGCCGAUUGCCGUCAUGUUCUGGGUCGGGAUCGACACUGACAAAAAGUUCAACGUGCCCGGCUUCUGGCCAGCACCAGAGACCUUGAACAAGAUCCCUAAGGAGCCUCACGAGAUCCAGGCUGAGUUGCUCAGAAUGAAGAGAGCCGACAUCGCCAAGAGACAGAGAUUGGAGGAGAAGGCCAAGGCCUUGGGCAUCAGCUUGGACGACGAAGAGGAGAAAUGAGUGGCGUCCGUUUGUAUUAUAGCCAAGAAUCGUGUAUAUAGUAUUUUCUG